CGCUAUUACGCGCCCAAAAUGUCCAUUCUGGAGCUGUCGCAACCGCCGACUGAUGCAGUAUCAUCAGUCAUAUUCUCUCCAGACAACAACACGCUCGUCGUCACUUCGUGGAACACAGACACCGCCAUCCAUGUCUACCGCCGAACCGAAUCGAGUCCGCCCUUCGAGCUGUCGAGCACAAUAGCAGCGUCCGCGCCGUUACUCGACGCAUGUUUCGGCUUCGAUUCCGAUACUAUCUACACAGCUGGCCUCGAUCGGACAACCACGCGGUACAAUCUCAGCCAAGGCACAGAGAGUCAAGAAGUCCUCAGCAGGGCUAGCAGGCCCACAAGCAAGAUCGCCUUUUCGCCAGAACACAAUGUCGUUCUCAGCAUAUCAUGGGACGCUACGCUGAGGGUGCAUGAUGCCGAAAACAAGAAAUACGUUACCAUCCAGCUCGCUGCGAAGCCGUUCGCGCUUUCCGUCACAGCCGAUAAGGCCCUCAUUACGAUGGCAGAGAGAAAAGUGCACGUCUACGCGCUGGCAGAUCUGAAGGCCUUGACUGGACAAGCAGGCAGUACGUCUGGUAUGCAAGAGCCAUUGCACGCGCGUCCGUGGCAAGAGCGAGAAUCGAGUCUGAAGUUCAUGACGCGGGACACUGCACCGAUGCCUGAUGGCUCAGGGUUCGCGGUCUCGUCGAUCGAAGGCAGAGUAGGUGUGGAAUGGUUCGAUGAAGAAGAGAACAAGAAAAUGUAUGCGUUCAAGUGCCACAGAGACAAGACUACGAGAGUCAAUGAGGAAGGGCAAGAGGUCGCGAUCGAUGUUAUUUAUCCAGUCAACGCAGUUGCUUUCCACCCUGUUCACGGCACCUUCGCGACUGGCGGUGGAGAUGGCGUAGUGGCAUUGUGGGAUGCGAAGACUAAGAGGAGGAUCAGACAAUAUCCUAAGCUGCCUGCUUGCGUGGCUGCGAUGCAGUUCAGCUCCGACGGAAAAUAUUUGGCAAUCGGCGUCAGCCCAGGAUUCGAAGAUGGCAAGGAAGCGGACCCCACGGACCCAGAACUGGUGAAAGUAUAUGUCAGAGAGCUUGGGGAAAGUGAGGCAAAGGGCAAGCCAGCGAAGGAGAAGUGAUGUCUCACUGUCAGCUGGUUUGAGAACAAUUUUGGCGAUCCGCACCUGCAGGAACAGCCGUCCUGGAACCGUGUCUCUGAACCUUGGGCCAUCGACGGGACUCUCAGGGGGUCCCGAACGCCGCCAGUCCAUGCGGAAAUAACUGGUAUGUACAAACAUGAUUGAGGCAAUCGACUCAGUCACAUGGCCUUCGCGCCAAUUGACCGUAACUUGAAAUUCGCCGAAGCCCUGCAGAGGAGCCUUCAAGGAUACUACAGUGUCACUAUGCUGUGCAGCUUUCUCCGCAACAACUCGCGAAGGGCGCGAGACACGUAUGCGCGGUAGUCUACACGCAUGCGAUCGGAACAUCUCGAAUGCCAAAGCAUCGAAAUGACCCCAAGUGGAGCAAGUAGCUACUCGGCAGAAGCGCGAGGAGACGCCAGUGAAGCG